AUGGACCAGCUAAUUAAGACAGCGAAGGGAACCAGAGACUACGCAGGGAAAGACAAAAUACUGAUAGACAGGAUAAUAGCUGAAAUAGAAAAGAUUUACAAAAGACGAGGAGCUGUGCCGUUUGACACGCCCACCUUUGAGAUAAAAGCGAUUUUAAUGAACAAGUACGGGGAAGACUCCAAGCUCAUCUACGACCUUGCAGACCAGGGAGGAGAGCUGUGCGCGCUCCGAUACGAUCUGACAGUGCCGUUUGCGAGGUAUCUUGCAAUGACAAAAACGGUGAAAAUGAAAAGAUAUCACACGGCAAAGGUGUUCAGAAGAGACCAGCCUGCGCUAGUGAAGGGAAGAUACAGAGAGUUCUACCAGAGUGACUUUGAUAUAGUGGGAGAAUACGCGCACAUGGCCGCAGAUGCAGAAAUAGUCUCAACAACACACGAUGUUCUGAAAAACUUCUCAAAAGAUAUGAAAAACAGAUCAUUCUACAUCAGACUAAACCACAAGAAGCUGGUUGACAGUCUGAUGGAGGUGUGCGGAAUAGACGCAUCGCUCGCAGGGACCAUAGGAAGCUCAAUAGACAAACUCGAUAAAAUGGCAUGGAAAGAGGUGGCCAAAGAAAUGGAGGAGAAAGGAGCGCACGCAGAGUCAAUAGAAAAAAUAAAAGAUCUGAUCAAAAUAAAAGGAUCGUUUGAGAUUAUCAGUCUUCUUAAAUCGUCAGAGAUAGGGCAGACCGAAAAAGGAAAACAGGCUAUCGAUGAUCUUGUGCGCCUGCACGAGCUGCUGGUUGUGUACGGCGUAGACGAGCAGGUUGUGCUUGACAUAAGCCUGAUACGCGGCCUGGAGUACUACACAGGCAUUCUUCUGGAGGGAGGCUACGAGGGAAUAGAAGGAACUCUGGUAGCAGGCGGCAGAUACGAUGGGCUGGUGAACAGCUUGUUUGAGAUCAAGCACCCAGAGACACACGAAAUUGCAGAAGGAUUAGACAAUUUGGAGCUGUCAAAAAAAACAAAAAAGAAACAAAAACAAAAAAACAACGCAGAAGAGGUAAAGUGUGUGGGAGUUAGCCUGGGCGUAAGCAGGCUGUUCAGUCUAAUCGACACGCCAGAGAAAAAAACAUACACAGAAGUUCUUGUGUGCUCCGUAGGGUCCAAUCUUCUCGAAGAAAGAAUUAAGAUGUGUGUGCAUCUCAGAAAGAACAAAAUAAACAGCGAGUACUUCAUGGGAGACUCUUCAAACUUCUCAAGACACAGCGAGUAUGCGGACGCAAUAGGAGCAGAAAUUCUUGUGUUGAUAGGAAGAAAAGAGCUGGAAGAGGAAACUUUCCAGGUGAUCCGAGGAAGUAAGCAGAACAGAAUAAAAAGCACUGUGCACAUUUCAAAUCUCAUUCCAGAGAUAAAAAAGAUAAUUGCAGAGAAGAGCAGAAAAGAAGAAGAAAACUCGUCCGAAGAGAAAGACUCAGUAGACUCCGAAGAGGCGAUAUUUAGAGCUCAGAUAUAA